AUGGCGCAGUGCGUAACCAAUACCUUUCUACAAGGAAAACCAUUCCUUCCACUUCCCACAAAAAACUUUCAGCAGCAACAAGGAAAAAAAGUGGGUAAUUUCGGAGUAUGGUGUAAGAAAAAAGACAUACACCCAGAAUUCUACGAAGAUGCUAAGGUUUAUUGUAACAACGAGCUUGUUAUGACAACCGGUGGAACUCAGAAAAAGUAUGUUGUUGAUGUUUGGUCAGGUAACCACCAGUUUUACCUCGGUAACCGUUCAUCCAACAUGGUGGAUGAUGAUCAGGUGGAGAAGUUCCGUAAGAAGUUCGGUGAUUUAUCGGACAUUAUGGAGAUUCCUGUACUCAAAGGUGAGAUUGUUGUUCCUUCAAGGCGUAAAGGGAUUAAAAGUGGUGGAGGGAAGAAGAAGUAG